GGUUAUUCACGAGCAACGUUCGUAGAAUGUAGCGAAAAAAUUCAACAAGAGAAUGGUGAUGAAGAGAGAGUGAAUUAUUCGAGCGUGAGUAAAAUAUCUCCCUCUAUUUCGAGUUAUGGUAUUAUUAUAGGACAGUUGUCAAUUCCUUCAGCCAAUUCCUACACUUAUGCACUCCUCUUACUAGAAUAAUCGCAUGCUUAAACGUAUGAUAGAUACGCGAUUCCUAUUAAACAAUAAACUAAGUUAAAAUGAGACAAACCAGUUUAUUACAUUGACAAAAACACGUGUCUCUUAUCUGUGUGUAUCAGCGGUUGAGGAUUAUCCAAUAAUAAAAUAAUUGUACAGCAUCGUAGAGAGUUUGCAGACUUGUAUAGAAAUGAUUGCAUAAAAAGAGAUUGGACUGCGUCUGUGGUUUCAUACAUACUCCCAUGUCACAUUUCAUUCGGCAUGCUUAUGUAUCUGAUCAUUGACGUUACGUCUUUCUUAGCGGAUGCUUAAUGAGGCUACCGUGCAUGUUUUCAUAACGAAAAGAUCCUACGACUAAUAUAACCAGUACCCGAUGUAACAACAUAACGUAGCCAACCUAUCUUAUUUCAAUAUUUCUCUGCCAUUAUUAAUAAAGAAAGAAAUUGAGAUUAUGCAAUUACAAUGGUUACCCUGAGUCACUGACAUAAAUCACUUAUACGUUCAUUUACAAGAAGGAAACUUUUUUGCCUUUUACCCUGUAAGAGUUUUGCUAAUAGAUUCUACUUUAAACUAGCAAGUCAUGAAAACAGAAUCGAACAAAAACAAAUAAUAUGCAAAAAUGAAUAAUAUUUGAAGAAUGAUAACGUAGAAAUUUCCAACUUGAUUUCCAAUUCCAAUCUUUUUAGUAUAAAGUUUGUGCUUAGUUAUUUUAAAUCUGCUUGUUGCAAAGCAAUCAAAUACGUAGUGGGGUGAUUUCGUCAAAGUUUUUUUUGUUUUUUGCUAAACUUUUUAUCACCACCCUGCCAGUUUUUAAGAUCAUGGACUAAAUAAAUUUGACUUCAGUUUAAUUAUAGUAAGGUAAAUGCUUAUACCAACCAUUCGAGUAUUUUAAUUGCGUAACACGCUUUAAUCGUUACUGAUGAUAUUGGCCAAUAGAUUGGCAGUCAACAGUCGAGCCGAUUCAGACAUGAAUUUUUGAAAGGGGUUUAAUUAUCGUUAUAAAAACCUGAAAAACUGUAUUUUGAAAUAUUUUUCAGAUGUCUAUUGAUAAAUUUGAUGAUACUGAAGACUUUGGUGUAGAUUUAAAUAAGAUUAGACUGCCGUCGUCUGAAAUUUUAACACAUUUUGAAGAACAAUUAAAAAAACUUACGUACGAUGUGUUGUAUGACUUGUCAUCAAUGUCCAUUGAACGUGAUUUAUCAAUAACAGUGAAUGAAUUAAAUGUAAAUACCUCUUUAAUAUCAAUUGAUGAUAAUCAAUCAACUUCACUUUGGCUCAAAAACAAUAUUAAUCCUACUUAUCGUCCUCAAGGAAAAAGUGAUUGUUUUCCCAUAAAUGGUCGAAAUGCUGGGAUUCCACAGCCGCCACAUUACAUCAAAGAUGAACGGAAUGGUUUUCCAAUAAUAAUGAUACCGGACAAGUAUCGUCAUGAAAAACAUUUAUUACUUGAAAUUUCAUGGUUAACAAUACCUUAUAAUGGACAAAGAUAUUAUAGUCCAUAUAAAUUUCAACGAGAUCAUAAAGACAAAAAUGUCAAAGAUCGAAAUCCAGUAUAUUAUGAAAUUAAUGAACAAGAACUUUUGAAUAAUGAAAUAAAGUUAAAACUGGUAUGUAUUAGAAGUUUAUUAAAAGAAUUAGAGAAUGUUCAACCACUAGAAUUAUAUAAGCCAGAUUCACAUUAUCAUCAAGUUAAUCAGCCAUUAGGACGAAUGCUAACACUACGUGAAUUGAUUCAAAAAUAUCAAUUACAGAAAUCUCAAAUGGCGUUUACAUUAUGCCGAUAUUAUGACAGUAAUAGGAAUGUAGAUAAUGCUAUUGAUCGAAAAACUGCACCGUUAACAAAUGAGAUAAACCAAAACAAUAUUCAACGUUUGAUUGAAACAACAGUCAUAUCUAAUGUGAUGACUGAAGAUAAACGAAGACAACGAAAGAUUACACUGGAAAACGAUGAAACAGCUGAGACAAGCACAUUACAAAUAAAUCGACGAACAAAACGAAGAAAUGGAGGAGAAAUAACGACAAUAGUAUCGAACAAAAAAUGUCGUGGUCUGUCAUCGGAAGUACGCGUCACUUAUAUGAUGUUUUAUUAUUGA